GAAGAAACAUAUCAGCAGGAGCUGCGAGAAAUACGAGGCUUGAAACUUCCGUGUAAAGCCUUUGCAUGGGCAGUUUGAGGCUUCAGUUUCAACGAUAUAUCGGUCACUUUCAACUCAUGGCCAGCUGAAAAGUAUCAGACAUCUCAAAUACGACAACCUUGACCUGGUUUCUUCAAUGAGAACGAGACCCGGUAUUGCUAAAGUCAUUUUCUAAGACCGAGAAGCGUCAUUCGAAACGCAAGGAAAAGGAAAUUGAGGAGGUAUUGCGGGCAGCAGGCGAUCACAGACCGAGAAUUGAGUUGUUUGACAACAGUCCUGUCAGACGCGCCCGCCACAGUACAAAUAGAGAGGCUUCGACGUUGAAUACGGUUCAAGUUGUGAUCGAAUUACAGCCACGUGAGCAGGAUCCUGGCCCACCAACGAUCAACCACCACCAAAAGAAAAGCUUCUUUGCAGAAUCGGCAGGACCUGAACUCUCAGGAUCCUAAAAAAAUUAUCCUGGCGCAUUUGUACCUGGAUCAGAAACUCUGUUUGGGAAUUCAUCCUCGAAAAGCCCAGCAAAAUCAUCUAAAGCCGUCCCUUUGCUACCUACAUCUCUGGACAUAAAUCUGAGAAAUUCAGGGAAACCGAAGAAAUAACUUAUUAAGCUAAGGUCCACAUCGAGAAAGCAACUUCGCAUUAUUCGACACGCCAUCAAACAGACGCUUCGAAAUCCCUGCAAGACAAUUUUGGGAAUCUUGAAGGGACUGAAAAAGGCCAAACAAAGGCUGUGGUUAAAAGCGAGCCAUCUGUCUAGAGCCAACACAAAGUCGCAAGAUUGCAAGGGACGCACUUCUAUAUCGGUGCUUCCGCCCAUGUUACUCCUCCUCGGUCCUCUCCAGAUCGUUGUCAAUCCACUUGCAUGUCAACAAUCGCCAGCGGACACCAACGAAGCCUUGGACUCGAGCAGAUUGUCUCCGGCGAAACGGUAUUCCGCAGCGGAAGUUCCAACCCAGGCCAUUCCAACUCUCACCAGCUCGAAGAACUUCUCGCAGACAGGGGAAUCUCAAAGCUUCGAGUUGACUGAUCAGUGCCAUCACUACACGCACAUAGGGGAAGUUGAGUAUGACAUUCAGAAGUACUGGCAGCAACGAUACAGCAUCUGGUCCCUGUACGACGAAGGAGUCUACAUGACGGAUGAUGCUUGGUUUGGAGUCACUCCAGAACCUGUUGCAAACAAAGUAGCAGAGGAUUUCGCAGCCCUCGUACCGGAAUCAAAAACAAUCCUAAUCGAUAUGUUCGCUGGUGCUGGCGGGAACGUGAUCGCAUUCGCCCUGUCAGAACGCUGGUCAAAAAUAAUCGCAAUCGAGAAAGACAUCUCGGUAAUAGCGUGCGCGCAACACAAUGCAUCUAUCUACGGCGUCGCCAACCAGAUAACAUGGAUCAACGACGAUUCAUUCGCCUACCUCGCAAAGCACUCAUCGUCAAUUGAUUCGUCUCAAACUGUCAUCUUCGCCUCGCCUCCGUGGGGUGGACCUCGCUAUGAGGAAGGUGAGAUUUACAACUUGAGUAAGAUGCAGCCGUACGGCAUCAAGCAGAUCUACGAGGUGGUCAAAACGAUGGAUUCAGCGCUCUAUUUACCACGUGGUAGUGACCUGCGGCAGAUAGCUCGUUUGGCUCCUGGUGAAAAAAAGAUCGAAGUCGUGCAGUAUUGCAUGCAAGGCGCAAGCAAAGCGAUGGUUGCAUACAUUCCGGCAGCUUCUUCGGCAACAUAGAUCAACCCAGUUGACGACUCACUAUAAAGUUGCUAUUGAAAACCGAGCUAGCAGAUUGAAACUGGCAAGGAAUGUAGCUAGUUUGUCACAGUUUGUGGGGGGAAGCAAAAUCAUGCCUUGAAGCCUCAGGGUCAAUUAUUCCCACCUUUGCGCUGAAGCAAACCUUUUGUUGCACUUCGCAGAUAUUCAGACCUGAGGUUGUAAGGCAGGCUCACAUUAGCUCCAGGAUCACUUCUUCAGUGCUCUGCAACGAACAAUGUCAGAAGAUAAGAUAGACGCAAGAAGAAACGAAAACUCACUUCGACAAACGGGUAUAUAAUUUGUGAGGUUUGCGACGACGACUUGGUAUGAUCUGACUUAGUGUGCCUGUAACCUCAGGCUCUGGAAUAGGUACCUGAAAGACCAGGAUCGACGAAUGACAUCUUCUCAAUUGGCAGGACGUAGUUGGACAAUAGAACCAACACUUCACACAUUUGGCUGCGGAGAAAAGUAAAGUAGGAAGUAUGAUGCAACCCCUUC